AUGUUCCUCUCGUUUAUCUACAAACUCUCUCUCAUCGCUGCAGGCUUCUACAUUGUUAUACUCACGCGAUUCGUCGUACACUACUUCUCAGUGCGUCGGACAUUCCGCCAUGUCCCCGGACCCCCAAGGAGUUCUCUUCUCUGGGGUGAAGAAUGGGAACUGUACCACGGCCGCCCAGGUGCUCGCUACGUGGAAUGGCACAAGAACUUUGGGAAACUCGUGGCAUUCACGGGUGCCUUCGGUCAUCAAAUUAUCUCCAUCACCGACCCUCGGGCUAUUUCAUUCAUUCUUGGCGACGGCGCCUACCACUUUCCUAAGCCGCACGGAGUCCGUGCGUGGUUUAAAGCUACUUUAGGAGAAGGCAUACUCUGGGUAGAAGGGAAAAAGGAGCACGAGCUGCAGCGGCGCACUCUGGCCCCGGCGCUUAAUCAACAAUCUGUCCGCGAGCUCGUUGCCGUCCUGUUCGAGACUUCCGCCCGCCUUGCAAACCAAUGGAACAAGGUAAUCGACCAAAAUCACGGCCAGGAAACAGAAAUCGAAGUCACAAACUGGGCCGGACGAUUUGCACUUGACACCAUCGGUCGCGCAGCCUUUUCAUACGACUUCGAAUGCCUCGCCGGCGAACCACACGAAUUGGCAACUGCGCUCGAUGGCCUGACCAACAGUGAAAACAGCCUCGCGUCCUUCUAUAUGCGCGCCCUUUUCUGGCUAUUCCCUUCCAUCCUCUCCAUCGGCAAGAAAGGAGAGAUGAUUAGGGAGACUAAAUCCCAACUCGGUGCCAUUGCUUCGAAGAUGUGGAAAGACGCGCGACUCGUCGGCGAUACCAACGACCGGACGCUGCUUGCAACAAUGUUGAGGUGCGAGCAGGUUUCUGGCUCAAAGAUGGACGAAGAGGAAGUCGUAUCCCAAAUGCGCACUGUCAUUUCCGCUGGUUAUGAGACCGUAUCAGCAAUUGUGGCGUGGAUUUUCUACGAGAUCGCCCGACAUCCGGACAUCCAGGCAGAAUUACGGGAAGAAAUAUGCGCCAUUCCCGACCUCUCAUUUGAACACUUUAACAACGAACUACCGUUCCUUGACGCCGUCUUGAAAGAAACCCUCCGCCUCCACCCCGCCGUCCUAGAAAAUCACCACGAGGCUUCGGAGACAAUUAUGGUCCCGCUUGCAGAGCCAAUAGUCGAAACCGGGGAGAUGCAGCUCGUUGUCCCCAAAGGCACCUUAAUAUCCAUACCUGUGAACGUCCUGCAAGAAGAUCCAGAGUUCUGGGGUCUUGACGCGGACGAGUUUCGUCCCAGCCGGUGGCUUGAGAAGAAGAAGACUGGGCUCGUGAAAGGACAGGAACUAUUGGCCUUCAGCAUGGGACCCCGUUCGUGCCUCGGGAAGACAUUUGCCAUGGCUGAAAUCAAGCGCUUCUCCUUCCGCUGCCAACACGAGAUCGAACCGUUCCAGAGUUUCGUCAUCCGACCGCGCAUCAAAGGAGAAACGGGCAGCUCGCUGCCUCUAUUGGUCAAGAAACUCUAG